AUGAAAGGACAGAAAGGAGAGAAGAACAAACUCCUAACAGGAGGAGACUCACUCAUGGCCUACGAGACAGAGGAUCAGGAGACUCAAUACUGCUUUCCUGACAUCAACUCAUCAUGUGUCAAGGAACAACGCUCCAGUCAUGGAUAUAUCAUCACAUAUGUGUUUGUGUCAUUGCUGUCAGCAUGGACUGUGUUUCUGAACCUGCUGGUGAUCAUCUCCAUCUCUCACUUCAAGAAGCUUCACACUCCAACCAACAUGAUUAUUCUCUCUCUGGCUGUAAAUGAUCUGUUAGUUGGACUCGUCAUGCCUAUAGAGGCCAUCAGACUGAUUGAGACGUGUUGGUAUUUUGGAGACACUUUCUGUGGACUCUAUUUAUUAUUUGUGUCAUUACUUCUGGCAACAUCUAUUGGUAAUUUAGUUUUAAUUGCUGUUGAUCGUUAUGUGGCUGUGUGUCACCCUUUACUGUACCCACAGAAAAUAACCAUCACUAAAACACUAAUGAGUAUCUGUCUGAGCUGGGCUUGUUCAUCAGCUUAUAUCAUUGCAAUUUUAAUUAAUAAUAGUUAUUUUGACACUUCACACAGAAAAGACAAGUGUUAUGGAGAGUGUUUGCUCAUGAUAACGUUUAGCUGGUUUGUCACUGAUCUGUUCAUGUCUUUUAUUUUUCCUUGCACUCUGAUCAUGAUGUUAUAUUUGAGGAUCUUCUAUGUUGUUCAUCAGCAAGUGAAGGUUAUAAACUCUCUAAUGAAGCAUGGUAAAUGUCUAAAAGAGGGUUCAGUGAAGAGGAAAUCUGAGAGUAAAGCAGCUCUGACUUUAGGAAUCAUUGUGUCAGUUUAUCUGCUUUGCUAUAUCCCAUAUUGCAUCUGUUCUCUAACUGUAAACUCUGUCACGGCUAUGAAUGUUUUAAUAUGGAUUGUGUAUUCUAACUCAGGUGUGAAUCCUCUGGUUUAUGCUUUAUUUUACCCCUGGUUUAAAAAGACAGCUAAACACAUUUUAACACUGAAAAUAUUUCAGCUGACGUCCUCUCUGUUUAAUGUUUUUACAGAACAUUUAUAAUCAUUACUUUCAAAGCGUUCACUAAUAUGUUUAAUUUCUAAGUUACUUAUGUAUUUCUGUUAAAACAAGACAAAGAUGUUUGACAGUACCCAUUAUUACCUAUGUGAUUCAGCUAUGGUGUAGGGGAGGGGGUUCUCGUCUCAAUCAGUCUUCAACUGCAGAGAAACAAACCGACCAUUGCGGCAAUAAUGAAUAGACAGACAAGUGUGUAUUCUGUUUGUGUGUGUGUGUGUGUGUGCGUGUGUGUGUGUGUGUGUGUGUGUGUGUGUGUGUGUGUGUGUGUGUGUGUGUCUUUUAUCACUGAAGCCGCUCUCUUCAAAAAUGGAAAGAUGCUUCGUCUGUCUGGCAAUAUCAGAUGAGCCAAUAUUAAAAAAUUGCAGUAAAGUAACUGUGAUGUGCAGUCACACAUCGAAUCUGAGGUCUGAUCUCAUCUCUCUCUGUCAUCCAGACAUUGAUACAGACGCCACACAAGUCAAGUCGCAAAACUGAGGCUGGUACCAGCUGACAGAAUAGUUGAAGCCUUUGCGAAAUCUGUCAAAACACAUCA